AUGCGGAUUAUGAUCAAGGGCGGUGUGUGGAAGAAUACAGAGGAUGAAAUCCUGAAAGCAGCUGUGAUGAAGUACGGGAUGAAUCAAUGGGCACGUGUCGCUUCUUUAUUAUCACGGAAAUCCGCAAAACAAUGCAAAGCACGUUGGUAUGAAUGGCUUGAUCCAAGUAUUAAAAAGACGGAAUGGAAUCGUCAAGAAGAAGAAAAAUUACUGCAUUUAGUCAAGCUCAUGCCGUCUCAAUGGCGUACAAUUGCUCCAAUUGUUGGACGUACAGCGGCUCAAUGUAUGGAACAUUAUGAACGUUUAUUGGAUGCAGCCCAGGAGAAAGAAGGGAUGGAAGUGACUGAUGAUCCAAGACGGUUACGACCAGGAGAAAUUGAUCCGAAUCCAGAAAAUAAACCAGCACGACCUGAUCCAGUUGAUAUGGAUGAAGAUGAGAAGGAAAUGUUGUCCGAAGCAAGAGCUCGACUUGCUAAUACCAAGGGGAAAAAAGCAAAACGAAAAGCUCGUGAAAAACAAUUGGAAGAAGCUCGACGACUUGCAGCGUUACAAAAAAAACGGGAAUUAAAAGCAGCUGGCAUCAUGUCGUCAACUCCAACAGGACACAUGAAAAAACGCAAAUACAUUGACUAUGCAAGUGAAAUUCCAUUUGAAAAGAAAGCUCCAGCGGGGUUUUAUAAUGUUGCAGAAGAAAAACGUAUCUCGAGCAAAGGAAUUGACCCGAAACGUGCAGCAUUGCAACUGGAUAAACUUGAAGGGGUACGACGUGAUAUUCAAGAGAAAAAGGAGCGCAAACAAGAUGCAAAACGACAGAAAUCACUUGUAAAGUCGAAUUUGCCCCAGAUUAUCGCUGCGGUGAACGAGAAGAAUGACCCGAUUAAUGUCAUCAAGCGCACUCCGCUGGACCUGCCUGCUCCGGUCGUUUCUAACGAGGAGUUGAGCGAUCUAGCAAAGCUAGGCAUGCAUGCAACCCAUGCAGCUGCACUCGCACUUGAGAAUGGGUCGGCCUCUGAGACGCGUGCUCUCAUGGGUGACUAUAGUGUCACCCCGCUGCGUUCGGUUAGAGGAGACGCAUCGGCUACGCCGUUGAUUCGAGAUGUGCAUGACAAUAUCAUGCAGGAAACGGCGAACCUGUUAGCCAUGCGAAGCAGUGCCACUCCGCUUCUAGGUGGUGAAAAUGUCGAGCUUUACGAGGGAACGGGUUAUGCUGGGGCGACUCCGUCACGUACACCCUCGUCAGCAAUCGCUAGUGCAGCGAGCGACAAAACAUCGAUGGCUGCUACGCGUACGCCUUUGCGUGACGAACUGGGCAUCAACCCGGAGCAGCUUUAUGGCACCGAGGCUGAGAAUGCCAGGUCCGAAAAGGCUCGGACAAAGCGAUUGGUCAGCAGCCUUCGUCAAGGUUUUGACAGCUUGCCCGCACCGCAAAACGAAUACGAGAUUAACGUUCCAGAGAAAGAGGAAGCUGGCGACGAUCGUGUUAAUGCACUCCAGGAGGAGGAUGCUGGAGAGCGAGAAACUCGCGAGCAACAACAGCGCGAGCUUGAUCACGAUCGUGAACUCAAGCGGCGGUCUGCUGCUGUACAGAAGGGUCUUCCUCGUCCUUCGAAAGUGAAAAAGGUGUUGAUUCACAGUGCAGUGAAUGAGGUUGCCGACGAAAUGUACUGCAUGCUAGAACAUGAUCUUGCCAAACACCCAGUGGAUGAUGGUAAGUCCAAGAAAAACAAGAAGCGCAAAAAGUCAUCGAGUACUGGCGCGAUGCCGCAUCUACAACAAUUCUCGGACACUGAUAUUGAACGCGCGCGGCAAAUGGUGCAGAUUGAAGCCAGUCUGUGUAGUGCGAACGACGUAUGGAAGCCCAAAGAUGCCUCAAUUCUAAGUGCGAAGUGGAAGGAAGUGCAAGUGCGUUAUCUCAGCAAGGCGGAGAGUGACGGAAAAAGCGGCGUCUUUUUUCAGUUUGCUGCAUCAGCUAAAGACAAGUUGCGUGCCGUGCAAGCUCGUUUUGCAGAGCUGAAGGAAACUGAGCAACUCCUUAGUAAACGCGCACAGAAGCUCGAUGCACGUGUGCGAGUCGUAAAUGGUGGACUUUACCGCCGCUUGGAGCAGGGCCUGCAAACACUGCACAAGCACAAGUCAGAGCUUCAGAACGCUGCGAUUGAACAGGCGUGCUUUGAGAAUUUAUCAAGUCUCGAGACCCAGGCUCUGCAGAGCCGCAUGACACGGCUGGCGAACGACGUGAACUCGCAGCAGUUGGCUGAAGUCAAAUUGCAGAAACAGUAUGCGGCGCUGCUCCAAGAGCAGCAGUAA